AUGAACCAAUUCACUGGCCCAAACAGUCAAAACAACGCCUACCUUCAGAAUGCUUUUGUUAAUGGUGGACAAGGUUUCAUGACUGGAAUUCCAUCAGACCUACAGUCUGUAGUCAGUGGAUUCUCUCCUCAACCUUUGCCACAACAAAAAAUGUAUAAUCCAGCACAGUUUAAUGCCACUUUGGCCGCAGGUGCUAACACUGGCUUGGAUGCAGCAGCAUCACCAAUAAACAUGACAAUUAUGCAAAAUGCCGCUCAACGACCCAAUGCUUCCCAGAUGAUGCAAAAUAAGCAACACCAACAGGCACAAUUACAGCAGCAGGCACAAUUACAACAACAGGCACACAUACAACAACAAAAACAAGCACAUCAGAGAAGACAGUUCUUGAUGAUACAGCAACAGCAUAUGCAGAAGGCUAUGAACCAACAGAAUAUUGUUGGUUUCACUGGUCCACAAAUGGGUAUAAAUAAUAUAUCUCUCGAUCCUCAAUCGUUUGGAAUAAAUAUGGCAAUUGAAAAGGCAGCACUUGAACCAAAAUUGACAAUGAUGGAUAUCAAUUCAAAGCGAGUUGAAACAAUCUUAGCAAUGAAUCAAGAGCUCAUUCGACUGUGUAUCGAUCAUCAGCAGAGAGAUACUGCGCCAGACAUUGAUUUGUCAGAAUACCAAAAGAGACUCCAAUCCAAUCUCACCUACUUGGCCACAAUGGCCGAUAUCUCAAUGAUCAAACCCGGAGAGCGAAGACCAGAAAUAACCAAGUUUCCACUGUAG